AAAGAUUCGCAGCCAAUCAGAACAUUGUUGUUAACGAGUUGUUAAGGAACUGGAGUCAGGUUUAAAUUACAAAAAAGUCUGAAACUUUAGCUGUUUCGUUCACCUCCAGUUUGAUAAACGACAUUUUUAACGUGGCAUAUAUUUUAAUCAUGUCCUCCAUGGACCGUCUAGACGCUUUACGAGAACGUAACAAACAUUUAUUGAACCAGUUGAGGCAGCAGAGAGAGAAGCUGGAGCGGCUACGCGGCUGCAGUCAAGGCCGCAAGAGGGAGAGAGAGAACGAGGCAGAGGAAAGGAGAGAACCUGAAGAGAUGGUGACCCUAACCGAUGGAGACCGCGGUUAUGCCAGGGCCGCCCUCGCCAAACCUACUGUGAGAUUUGCGGAUACGUGUGAGAGACAAACAGGCAUCUGGCAGACCCUUUCCACUCCAUCUUUGUCCUCUGAAAUCAGUGCAGGGGAUGCUCAACAUACAGAUUCAUCAGACAUGUUCAAAGACAGCGACAGACAUCUGCGAGUCCAGGACGGACUACAGGACAUGAGGCCACCCAUCACCAAGUCCUGUCUAGUCAAUCAGGGAAAAGAAGAGAGGGAGGUGCGGAGUCAAGUCACAUUUCAGUCUGACAAAUGUGAAGAGAUACCUGCCUCAGACAGACAUCAUUUGCAGCCCUUACUUGGAUAUGACUGGAUAGCAGGAGUCCUGGAUGUUGAAGACUCACUCAUAGAGCGAUCUGACAAGUUCUUCAAUGACCUGCGUGUGUUUCGAUCUCUCAAUAAGGACGAGUGUGUCCACAGCCCAGAAACAGAAUUUUCUGAGGAGAACCAUUCGGGGCUGGCGCUUUUAACAGACAAGGGUGACCCAGAGGCCAACAGAGACACUGAUCAAUGCACAUUCUCUUAUAGGAUUAAUAGCAGACUGUUCCCCGUGCCACUUCACUCUCAGGAAUGCUGUCCUGUGUGCAAAAAGCACAAGUCCUCCCACUCGCACACUGCUGCUCAACCAGCUCUCAUCAGGGUCAGCAUCCCACGCUCCACCCUCUUGCCACCUUACAAGUACAAAGCUCAUCGGCGGUGCAGCUUUGACCCUUCGGAGAGUUUGGGCUUACCAUCGCACUGUCUCUCAGGCUGGGUUAACACCGGUCAGAGCACGCUGCCACCACCCAGCAGCCUCGACUUGCGGAGCAGUCUGAAUCAGAACAGCUCCACAGGGUCACGGAUUGAGGAACUGGAAGAUCUCUCGAUACCCCAAGUGUCCAGUAACUCUGACCAGAUCCAAGAUGUGUCACGCUUGGCUCGUCAUAACUUCCAGCACUUCUCUCCCAAAAGAAAGCUAGGCAGCACAUCUUAUCCUGUGUACUGACAAACCAUCAGUCUGUUUGUAAGUGAUCACUGUAGUAAUACAGAAGAGUGCCAAGAGUGCAUCUGUGGUUGUAAGUGCCUGAUCUUAAAUCAAUCUAUAAUAUGAGAUCAUUUGUUUUCAAUAAAAUAAUGUUAUUACAGGAUGAAAUUCUAGUCAGUUUAAUAAAAUGGGAACCAUUUACUUGACAUAGGACCAUAUUUAAUGUGGACAGGACUUGCAUU